GGAUGUACUUUUUGUGAAAUACGUGGUGUAAGGUAAAGGACUUGCAUUGAAAAGGUGAAAGGAACACUUUUAAAACAAUUUGCCUUAUUUUCUCUGUCAAGCGACAUGCAAGACCCAAACGAGGAUACGGAGUGGAAUGAUGUUCUUCGUGCAAAGGGAAUUCUACCUCCAAAACAAAAGGAAGUUGAAAUAUCCGAGAAUCAAAUUGUCAGCCUACUUGAAGAUACUGUCUCUAAACGCACUGGUCAGAAGGUAGUCACCAACUACGACGAUAUGACUUUAGAUGAAUUAGACGAGUUUGAGGAUGAAGAAGAGGAGAGAGUACUUGCUGAAUAUAGAAAAAAGAGAAUAAUGGAGAUGCAAGAACAUCAAAAAGCCUCAAAAUUUGGUGAGGUCAUUGAGAUUUCUGCUGUAGACUAUGUUCAGGAAGUUAACAAAGCUGGUGAGGGUAUUUGGGUAAUUCUUCACCUUUAUAAAACGGGAAUACCAUUAUGUGCCUUAUUGAAUCGAUAUCUACUGCAACUUGCCAAAAAAUUUCCUGCCACAAAGUUUAUCAAGAGCAUUUCAACCACCUGUAUUCCAAAUUACCCUGAUAAAAAUCUUCCAACAUUUUUUAUAUAUCAUAAUGGUGAUAUGAAAAAACAGUACAUUGGUCCUUUGGCUUUUGAUGGCAUGAAUUGCACCGUAGAAGAUCUUGAAUGGAUGAUAUCCGAAUGUGGUGCCAUUAAAACUGAUCUUGAAGAAGAUCCAAGGAAAAAAAGACAAAUAAAAGAUGUAUUUUCUUCCUCCAUAAGAUCAAGCUCAAAGAAAUAUCAGGAUGAAGAUGAUGAUGAUGAUGAUUAUUAAGCUAAAGAAAACAAAGUUCUUGGGUGGCCAUCACUGUCUUUUGUUCUGUCGUCGCGCGCAUUUGGAGCAAUUUCUGCAUGUUUUUAAAUUGCUGCAAAUACUUAACGUUGUCACAAUAAAUUCCAGCCUAAUUACAGCAAUGUACAUUAUUUAAUUGCUCGCGUUCAUCGCCAUGAUCAUAAAUCAUCGUUGCCUUCGCCAAGAAUUUGAAAGUUGUUGACAAUCUAAAUGAAUAAAAUCAGGAUAACCGCCCUGACUCAAUCAAAGGUAUGAAAGACGGAAUUCUCACACAUAUCUUUAUUCUAUUCAUUAGUUUGUGAAGAGUUUUUUUGCACGUGCGUCAGUAAUAAAGGUUUUUAUCAGUUAGGACGUAUCAGAGGUCAAAGCUACCUUCUGAUGACAAACAUUUUUUAAGACGUUGAGAGAAUUUUAUCAACUCAAGCGCAGACUAAACUGUAAUUUUGCAUUGCCUGAUUAUCAAGGAAUUUGUGUCGUAUCUAUUGGAAUUGUGUGUGCGAUAUCUUUAACUUAUACUACUGUACAAUGUGGAUUUCAUUUAGAACAACUGUUGACUCAUCAAAAUUUCAUUUUAUCUUUUCAAA